AUGAAAUCUUCUAUCAAUCUCUACGUACUGUCAUUCAACUGCGGCAAACAUUUUUUGGAUACAAACGCGUUCUCAUCUCAGAUAUUCUCCUCUCUUGUGUCUCCUGAACUUCCAGACCUUCUUGUUCUAUCUCUUCAGGAAUUAGCUCCCUUACCGCAUUCCUUCAUAGGAGGGUCGUUUCUUGCACCAUAUCUUACUCGAUUUUACGAUGCAGUUCAUCUAGCUGCUGAAAGGUUUCCCGGCAGCAAUGCGGAAACUUUUACUCCCGUUGCAUCGCACAAUCUAGGCCCGACAAGUAUAAUAAUUUUUGCAAAAGAUCCUUCUACAAUUGUAGACAUAGAGAGUGCAGAGAUUGGAGUUGGAUUUUGGGGGUUAGGGAACAAAGGCGCUGUGGGGCUGCGCUUAAGAUAUCAUGAUACCAUGUUCACAUUUAUCGCAGCCCACCUAACUGCUAUGGAGUGGAAACUACAGAAACGGAACGAGGAUUGGAAAAAGAUUGUACAAGGGCUUGUCUUCCACGAUGAUGUACGAAAGGGAAUAGGAGAAAAAACUCCUCUGCUCUCUAAAAAACUUCACGGUGCUUCUAUCUACAAAGCAAAUUCGCAUCUCUUCGUUGCAGGAGACCUUAAUUACCGUACAUCCAUAAAUCCACCGACUAAAAACGAUUAUAGUGAUACAUUCCCACAACCACACUUUUUGAUCAACAAUACUCGUCAUUACAUGAAUCUGUUAAAAUCAGAUCAAUUAAAUCAAGCGCGUUUAUCAGGAAAAACAUGUCAUGGACUGACAGAAGCUGAAAUUAAAUUUCCACCAACGUACAAAUAUGAUCCCAAGAAACAGACUCUACUUUCAGACAAAAAAAAUCCUGAUUUUUGGUACUGGGCAGCACAUAGAUGGCCGUCUUGGUGUGAUCGUAUCUUGUAUUUAGACCUGCCGUCCUGGCUAGGAAAUAUACAUGCAGAAGCCAGCAUGAAAGUACUGAAUUAUUACACUCUUCCAGUCACAGAAACUUCCGAUCAUCAGCCCGUCGUCUUAGAGAUACAAGUUCCGCUAAUAGCAAUACCUGAGCCAAAUUAUGAAAUGGAGUCCUCUGAUCCAAGAAUUCGUCCUCCAUAUGAGAUCGAUCCUAGCUGGAGGGGUCGACGCAUAAGAGCGGAAAUUUUAGAAACAUCUAUUGGCUGGGCUCUGUGGCUUCUAACAACUUCGGAAGGAGGAUGGUUAGUUUUUGUUGUAACCGUCGGCCUAGGAUUGGCCUCUUUAUCCCUCAAGUCGGCCACGUUUUCACGGGGCAGAUGA